CGGAGUUAAAGGUCGGAAAGAACUUGCUGGGCCUGGCGGUGCAAGCGCAGCAGCGUUAACCCUGAAAGCUUCAGCAUGCGGGCACGAAAGGGUGUAGAGCGGUAUACAUAGCUCUCCAUACACAUCGAGAGCUCAGCGAGAAAAGGAGGGGGCGAGGAAAGGCAAGUUCCGCCUCCCCCUGGCCCGCGUGCACACACGCGCCCACCGCGGCUCGGGCUGGCUGAGCGCGGGCGAGAGUGAGCGCGGGCGAGUGUGAGCGCGAGUGUGCGCACGCCGCGGAGAGCCUCUGCCCUCGCCUCGCACCCUGCUCAGGGCAUUUUGAGAGCCUGGAAACGUGAACAGGCUUAAAGUAUGGCAUGUUGCAAAAAUGGUUUCUGCCAAGAAGGUACCUGCGAUCGCGACAACCUCCGGGGUCAGUUUCGCCCUCCUACACUUCCUGUGCCUGGCGGCUUGUUUAAACGAAACCCCAGGACAGAACCAAAAGGAGGAGAAAUUAUGCCAGGAAAAUUUUACCCGCAUCCUGGACGGUUUGCUCGAUGGUUAUGACAACAGGCUGCGUCCUGGAUUUGGGGGUCCUGUUACAGAAGUAAAAACUGACAUAUAUGUCACAAGCUUUGGACCUGUUUCUGAUGUUGAAAUGGAAUACACAAUGGAUGUGUUCUUCAGACAGACAUGGAUUGACAAAAGACUAAAAUAUGAUGGCCCCAUUGAAAUUUUGAGAUUGAACAAUAUGAUGGUAACAAAAGUAUGGACCCCUGAUACGUUCUUCAGGAAUGGAAAGAAAUCUGUCUCCCAUAAUAUGACAGCUCCAAAUAAGCUUUUUAGAAUUAUGAGAAAUGGCACUAUCUUAUACACAAUGAGACUCACCAUAAGUGCGGAGUGUCCCAUGAGAUUGGUGGAUUUCCCCAUGGAUGGUCAUGCAUGCCCUUUGAAAUUUGGGAGUUAUGCAUACCCGAAGAGUGAGAUGAUUUAUACCUGGACGAAAGGUCCUGAGAAAUCAGUAGAAGUUCCAAAGGAGUCUUCCAGCUUAGUUCAAUAUGACUUGAUUGGGCAAACCGUAUCAAGUGAAACUAUCAAAUCCAUUACGGGUGAAUAUAUUGUUAUGACGGUUUACUUCCACCUCAGACGGAAGAUGGGUUAUUUUAUGAUUCAGACGUACAUUCCAUGCAUUAUGACAGUGAUUCUUUCUCAAGUUUCAUUCUGGAUAAAUAAGGAAUCAGUUCCAGCUAGGACUGUAUUUGGAAUAACCACAGUCCUCACCAUGACCACACUGAGCAUCAGUGCACGACAUUCUUUGCCCAAAGUGUCUUACGCUACUGCCAUGGACUGGUUCAUAGCUGUCUGCUUUGCUUUUGUAUUUUCGGCCCUUAUUGAGUUUGCUGCUGUCAACUAUUUUACCAAUAUUCAAAUGGAAAAAGCCAAAAAGAAGACGUCGAAAGCUCUCCAGGAAAUUCCAGCUGUUCCAGUGCUGAGAGAAAAGCAUCCUGAAGUACCUUUGCAGAACAUAAAUGCCAAUCUGAACAUGAGAAAAAGAACAAAUGCCCUGGUCCACUCUGCAUCUGAUGGUGGCAACAGAACUGAGGUGGGAAACCAUUCAAGCAAAUCUUCCACAGUUGUUCAAGGAUCCUCGGAAGCCACACCGCAGUCUCAGUUAGCUUCCAGUCCAAACCCGUUCAGCCAUGCAAGUGCAGCUGAAACGAUAUCUGCGGCAAGAGCACUUCCAUCUGCAACCUCUUCUGCGCCGAGUAGAACUGGGUAUGUGCCCCGACAAGCUUCAGUUGGAUCUGCUUCUACUCACCGCGUGUUUGGAUCAAGACUGGAGCGAAUUAAGACCACACUUAAUACUAGAGGGGCUUCUGGGAAGUUGUCAGCCACUACUGCUGCCUCUGCUCCACCACCUUCUGGAUCUGGCGCAAGUAAAAUAGAUAAAUAUGCCCGCAUUCUCUUUCCAGUAACAUUUGGGGCAUUUAACAUGGUCUAUUGGGUUGUUUAUUUAUCGAAGGACACUAUGGAAAAAUCAGAAAGUCUAAUGUGAUUUUGUUGUGAUAGUAGUUUCCUAAAAGAUGAUGAACUUAAUGCAGAAUGUCUUUUUAAAUGUUUUUAAAGAUAAACAAUUAUUCUUUACUAAAAUAAAAAUUCUACGUAAUUUUUCCAUUUAAAAAAUUCCAGCCAGUUGUUGGGAGAGUUAAUUAAUUCCUCAGUGAAGAGAAAGUGAGCCAUCUUUCAUUUCAGAAAGAAGAUUUAAAUAGAAUCAAUUCAGCACUCAAAUUAGACAGAAUACGGACCAUCCUGGAAAGUUGGGACGAGAGAAAUAGGGCUAUUAGAGUUACUCAGUGCAUAUUUAUGCACUGAAAUUUGAAAACAGACUUUUUUUUUAUAUACUCUAUGAAUAUCAACCAGCCACCAUAAAUUUCCCAGUGGCACUGCCCUUAAUCAGAAUUGUUUAUCGGAUAUUAUAUGCAGUGACCUUUGGAGAUUCUCUUAGUAUCUGCAAGAAAAGGACUUUCCCUGUUAAAUGAAACAUUUUCAGAAGGGAAAAUGGAACAAAACAAAUACUGACCAAUAGAGUGAAACCUCUGCUGCAUCAAAAACAAAGACAGAGACCAGGGGAAAUGUGUUCCCUGUCAUAUGUUGGCCAAACAGGACUUAACAGUUGACUUGAAAAUUUGUGCUUUGAGCCAAAGUUUAACUCAUUGUGUGACUUCUUUUUGACAGUAGUUCAUUCAGUUAUGUAUUCUUUCAACAUAUAGUUAUCCAGAGCCUACCAUGUUCCAGGCACUGUGCUAGAACUGUCUCUCUAGGAAAGCUCUUUCACCCGUACCUACAAUAUUACCUAAAUAGUAGAACAGCCAAUGCAUGCUAACAAACCAUAAACUAGCAGAGGACGUUGCAUUCUUUAAUGGAGGAAAUUUAUUUAGAGUCUGACAACAUAUUCAAAAUAUUUGUUUCUACUAUCCUGAUAGAGGAUAACAAGUAUAUUGUUCACAUAGCCACCUUUGAGAUAAGUAUACUUUAGCAUAACUUCAGGAAUUGACUUCAAAAUGUAAUGAAAAUGUGUUAUAGAUUGUCCUCUACAUGAAAAGUACUACGUACCUGAAAGUAGAAAUCUGGGCACAGUAAGACCUUAUAGAUUACCUGUCUCAAAUUUGAUCGCAUCAGAGAAUAGAAUUUGAACUGAAUCACAGAAUCAUUAGAGUUAGGAACUCAAUACAUGGCCUUUUUGAUGCUUUUCCAAACAUAGAUCUGUAUUAGCUGGUGAAAUGCUAACCUCAGGGGAGUUUUUGUGUCCAUAGUUCCAUAUUUCUGGGCAGUUCUGUGUUUAUUUUGGGGCAGUUUUCAUACAGUUUCAUAACUAAGAUGAGUUUUUUAAAAUUAAAAGAGCAGCAAAGAAAUGGAGUAAAGAAAAAAAUCAUAGCCAAGGGGUAGGAUACCACUGACGGUGUUAUGCAAUUUAUCAGAAUUUUCGUGUCCUGACUUUUCUUUUUCAUUAGGUAGGCUUAACAACUUAAUUGAAUUUCUUGCAGCUGUCUUAUGCUGCUGUAUCUAGGUCUGGUUUUUCUGUUGUGUUGCUUCCAGAUUUUUCUUCUGUACUUCUCUCUUCCUGAUCUGGGUGUGUCAAUUAAUGUGUUCUGGAUGUUUGGGGGAACAUUUGAUAGAAAUGGCCACCUUGCGAACAGGAUCUCUUAUUUUUUAAAGAAGAAAUGAUAUUAAUUAACUGGCAUUAAUAUUUCAGUUAUUGCAUUACCUUGAAAUGGUUGUUUAUGAGAAUUGUAAAAUGUGCAAAUACCAACUGUGAGUCAUAUCUGAGAAUUCCUUCUUGGCUAGCUCUCUAGGUAUUUCCUAGAAUGGAUAAUUUUAAGGCUGAAAGAGGCUUUAGAAAUCAUCCAAUCCAAACCCCUUACUUACAAAUUGAUGCCAGUAAUAUGAGGCCCAGUAGAAUUUGUACUAUGUAUAUAUUUAAUAAAAAGUACUUGUACAAAAAAGCUUAUCAUUAGUUAUUUCAUGAAUGUGAGUAGAUUUCUAGCCUUGAGGACAAUGCUUGAAACUGUGGUUGGAAACAGUAAUCACUCAUUAUUCCAAUGAAAUGACCUUAUUUAUUUGCUAAGGGACAUACUCCUUGCUUAUCUAUUGCCUAUUCUUAAGAAAUAUUUGAUUGGUUUCCUUUUUUAAAAGAAAUUCUUCUCCUAUAAAUUUUGCAGAUUUUAAAGUGAUAAAAAUAAGUGAUCUUAGAUUUGUAGACCAGACAUCCAGGUGAACUUCUAGUUUUUUUCUUACCUUUGUAUAUGAAGAAGAUUUUAAAAUAAGUCAGGUAGCCAAAAAAAGAGAAAGGAUAAAAUUAAUCAGGAUUCUUAAGUGUUAACUUGAAGGAUAAAUUGACAGGAAAGUCUAAUCAUUUGUACUUAAAGGAAUUAUUUCAUUUGUACACAAUGUUAAUAAUAAUAAUAAUGCAUAGUUUGUUUGCUCUGACUGAAUUCCAUUAAAUUAAUUCAAGGCUAAA